UUUAUUGCUACAGGUAUAUAUCUCGUCGUGAUUUUCCUCCUUGCAUACUAUGUGCGAAGGCAUCGGCGCCUGAGGGCAGCAAAUCCGCUCAGCCUGCCGUGUCCACCUGGGCCAAAGCCAUGGCCUUUCUUCGGGAAUUACUUCCAGAUUCCCGCCAAAACACCGUGGCACUUGUAUGGACAAUGGGGCAAGCAAUACGGCGAUCUGGUGCAUAUACGCGCAUUCAAUGAGCACAUCAUCAUCGUCAAUUCCGGCGCAGUGGCCCGUGAUCUCCUCGAAAAGCGUUCCAAUAUAUACUCCGAUCGGCCU